UGUUAUUAAACCAACCAUAGAUUCAAUUAACAAUUCUGAAAUAAUUCACUGUAUGCAGAAUGAAUCAGCAAGACAUUAUCUGACUAGUUCCAUUACCACGGUGAUGAUUCCGGUUAUUUCAAGCAUCGUCCUAAUUAUUGGGCUCCCGGCCAAUGGGCUGGCCCUUUUAGUUCUGGCCACCAAAGUCCAACGAAUGCCUUCUACCAUCUUCCUGAUGAACUUGGCCACAGCCGACCUUCUCCUGAUCCUGGUGCUCCCAUUUAAAAUCCACUAUCACUUUCAGGGCAACAACUGGCUCUUUGGCGAAGCGCUGUGUCGGAUGAUAACCGCCUUCUUCUAUGGGAACAUGUACUGCUCCAUCCUGCUCCUCACCUUCAUCAGCAUCGACAGAUACUUUGCUCUGGUCCAUCCACUUCUUGCCAAGCGCUUCAGAGACAAUAGUUUUGCUGUGGGUGCUUGUUCAAUGAUUUGGGCUCUUGUUGCAUUCUCUAUGUUACCUUUUUUCCUCCAGAGGCAGGUGUAUCCAAUCCAGGACCUCAACAUCACAACCUGCCAUGAUGCCUUGCCAGGAAGCAUGAACUCUGGUUACUUCUUCUAUUACUUUGUGUGUUUGGUUGUGUUUGAAUUUGUUAUUCCUUGUCUUGUUACUGUAUUUUGCUACGUAUCUGUGAUCAAAACACUGAUAAUCAGUGAUCGCAAAUAUGUUAAAGCUGCAAGAGCCAUAAUUUUAGCAUUGAUAAUAUACGUGGUGUGUUUCACUCCCAGUAAAAUAAUGCUGCUCAUUCAUCACUCUGAGUACCAUCUCAUACAUUCCAGUGGCCUCUAUCUUUAUUAUAUGAUCUUCCUAGAGUUUAGUACCCUCAAUAAUUGCAUUGACCCAUUUAUCUUUUAUUACUUCUCUGAUGAAUUUCGCAACAAAGUAGGAUGUUCGGUCCUAUUUUGCAAAAAAGCAAAAUAUAAAAAAUCAAGAAAAUCUGCUCAGAAACUUUCUCAGCCCAAGAUCAUGUCAGGAUCCAGAGUGAACACACCACUAGAUCUGGAACUAAAGCAGAUGAACGUACAUAAGGAAAUGGACAAUCAGCAUCGAGUCUCGCAACAUUGA